GUGAGUACCAGAAUAGCACAACCAUGUUUCGGAAUAGUCUCAAGAUGCUUCUUACUGGAGGGAAAUCAAGUCGUAAAAACAGAUCAAGUGAUGGAGGGAGCGAGGAACCACCGGAUCGAAGACAGUCAAGUGUAGACUCUCGCCAAAGUCGCUCUGGGCAAGGUGGCAUCUCCACAGAAAGCGACUGUGCUUUUGAGCCAGACUACGCCGUCCCACCACUUCCAGUGAGUGAAGGUGAUGCUGAACAGGAACUUGGUCCCCCUCCAUCUGUAGAUGAGGCAGCAAACACACUCAUGACUCGUCUGGGUUUCCUCCUUGGAGAGAAAGUCACAGAAGUUCAGCCAGGUGACCAAUACAACAUGGAAGUAGAAGAUGAAAAUCAGACCUCAGCAAUCACCCAGCGGAUAAGCCCCUGUUCCACCUUGACUAGCAGCACUGCCUCCCCACCAGCUGGUAGCCCCUGCUCCACCCUCCCACCAGUCAGUUCAAAUGCAACAGCCAAGGACUGCACCUAUGGGGCUGUCACUAGUCCAACUUCCACCCUCGAAAGCAGAGAUAGUGGCAUCAUUGCUACGUUGACAAGCUAUUCUGAAAAUGUAGAACGCACAAAAUAUGUUGGGGAAAGCAGUAAAGAAUUAGGAUCUGGAGGAAAUCUAAAACCUUGGCAAUCUCAAAAAUCCAGCAUGGAUUCCUGUUUAUACCGAGUAGAUGAAAAUAUGACAGCUUCCACCUAUAGUCUGAAUAAGAUCCCAGAGAGGAAUUUGGAAACAGUUUUAUCACAAUCAGUACAAUCUAUUCCUCUGUAUCUUAUGCCACGACCAAAUUCAGUAGCAGCCACAAGUUCUGCCCACUUGGAGGACCUUGCUUACCUGGAUGAGCAGAGGCAUACACCUUUGAGAACUUCUCUUCGAAUGCCAAGACAGAGCAUGGGUGGUGUUCGCACACAACAGGAUUUAAGAGUUCGCUUUGCACCUUAUAGACCUCCAGAUAUCUCCCUGAAGCCUCUGCUCUUUGAAGUGCCCAGCAUCACUACAGAGUCAGUGUUUGUUGGCCGGGACUGGGUUUUCCAUGAAAUAGAUGCUCAACUUCAAAGUUCAAAUGCCAACGUGAACCAAGGAGUAGUGAUUGUGGGAAACAUUGGGUUCGGCAAAACUGCCAUCAUCUCCAGACUUGUGGCCCUCAGCUGCCAUGGAACACGGAUGAGACAGAUUGCCUCAGACAGCCCACAUGCCUCCCCCAAGCAUGUGGAUGCCAACAGAGAGCUGCCACUCACACAACCACCUUCAGCCCACUCAUCCAUUACCAGUGGAAGCUGCCCAGGAACUCCAGAAAUGCGCAGGCGGCAGGAGGAGGCUAUGCGGAGACUAGCCUCACAGGUAGUUGCCUAUCAUUAUUGCCAAGCAGAUAAUGCCUACACCUGCCUGGUGCCAGAAUUCGUCCACAAUGUUGCUGCCCUGCUCUGCCGCUCCCCUCAGCUGGCGGCCUAUCGGGAGCAGCUUCUUCGGGAGCCUCACCUACAGAGCAUGCUGAGCCUUCGGUCCUGUGUUCAGGACCCCAUGGCCUCUUUCCGGAGGGGUGUCUUGGAGCCCCUGGAGAAUCUCCACAAAGAGAGAAAAAUUCCAGAUGAAGAUUUCAUCAUCUUAAUUGAUGGAUUAAAUGAAGCAGAAUUUCACAAACCGGAUUAUGGGGAUACAAUUGUAUCAUUUCUGAGUAAAAUGAUUGGAAAAUUUCCUUCCUGGCUCAAACUAAUUGUAACAGUUAGGACCAGUUUACAGGAAAUUACCAAGCUGCUGCCUUUCCAUAGGAUUUUUUUGGAUCGACUAGAAGAGAAUGAAGCCAUAGACCAGGACCUGCAGGCUUACAUCCUGCACCGGAUACACAGCAGCUCAGAAAUCCAGAAUAACAUUUCACUUAAUGGCAAAAUGGACAAUACUACAUUUGGCAAACUCAGUUCUCAUCUCAAGACCCUCAGUCAAGGGUCCUAUUUAUACCUGAAACUCACAUUUGACCUCAUAGAGAAAGGCUAUCUAGUGUUAAAGAGCUCUAGCUACAAAGUAGUUCCUGUUUCGCUCUCUGAGGUUUAUUUGCUCCAGUGCAAUAUGAAGUUCCCAACCCAGUCUUCCUUUGACCGGGUGAUGCCCCUCCUGAAUGUGGCAGUGGCCUCUCUCCACCCACUGACUGAUGAGCAUAUCUUCCAGGCCAUCAAUGCUGGCAGCAUUGAAGGCACACUGGACUGGGAGGACUUCCAGCAGAGAAUGGAGAACCUCUCCAUGUUUCUGAUCAAGCGCAGAGACAUGACUCGUAUGUUUGUACAUCCUUCUUUUCGAGAAUGGCUUAUCUGGAGAGAAGAAGGAGAGAAAACCAAAUUUCUCUGUGAUCCCAGGAGUGGUCACACAUUACUUGCCUUCUGGUUUUCCCGCCAAGAGGGAAAACUAAACCGACAGCAGACUAUUGAACUGGGACAUCACAUCCUCAAAGCACAUAUUUUUAAGGGUUUGAGUAAAAAAGUUGGUGUGUCAUCCUCCAUCCUCCAAGGUCUCUGGAUCUCCUACAGCACAGAAGGUCUGUCCAUGGCAUUGGCAUCUUUAAGAAAUCUCUACACUCCAAAUAUAAAGGUCAGCCGACUGCUGAUUUUGGGAGGUGCCAACAUUAAUUACCGGACAGAGGUUUUAAAUAAUGCCCCAAUUCUGUGUGUCCAGUCUCAUCUUGGUUACACAGAAAUGGUGGCCCUGCUGUUGGAGUUUGGAGCCAAUGUGGAUGUCUCUUCUGAAAGUGGCCUGACUCCUCUGGGCUACGCCGCAGCGGCGGGCUACCUGAGCAUCGUUGUACUGCUGUGCAAGAAACGGGCCAAGGUGGAUCACUUGGAUAAGAAUGGACAGUGUGCUUUGGUCCAUGCUGCACUCCGAGGUCAUCUGGAGGUCGUCAAGUUUCUGAUUCAGUGUGAUUGGACAGUGGCCAGCCAGCAGCAAGGGGUGUUUAAGAAGAGCCAAGCCAUCCAGCAGGCCCUCAUUGCUGCAGCCAGUAUGGGUUACACUGAGAUUGUCUCCUACCUACUUGAUCUUCCAGAAAAAGAUGAAGAGGAAGUGGAGCGAGCACAGAUCAACAGCUUUGACAGUCUCUGGGGAGAGACAGCCCUGACAGCUGCAGCCGGAAGGGGCAAACUGGAGGUAUGUCGUCUGCUCUUGGAACAAGGGGCGGCAGUGGCCCAGCCAAACCGUCGAGGGGCAGUGCCCCUAUUCAGCACUGUUCGCCAGGGCCACUGGCAGAUAGUUGAUCUUUUGCUCACCCAUGGAGCUGAUGUCAACAUGGCAGACAAGCAAGGCCGGACUCCCUUGAUGAUGGCUGCUUCCGAAGGCCAUCUGGGAACUGUGGACUUUCUACUUGCACAAGGUGCCUCCAUUGCUCUGAUGGACAAAGAAGGGUUGACAGCCCUCAGCUGGGCUUGUUUGAAGGGUCAUCUCUCUGUAGUACGUUCUCUGGUGGAUAAUGGAGCUGCCACAGACCAUGCUGACAAGAAUGGCCGCACCCCAUUGGACCUGGCAGCUUUCUAUGGUGAUGCUGAGGUGGUCCAGUUCCUGGUGGAUCACGGGGCCAUGAUCGAGCAUGUGGACUACAGCGGAAUGCGCCCGUUGGAUAGGGCAGUGGGGUGCCGGAACACUUCUGUCGUCGUCACUCUUCUGAAGAAAGGAGCCAAGAUAGGUCCAGCCACAUGGGCGAUGGCCACCUCCAAACCGGACAUCAUGAUCAUCCUGUUGAGCAAGCUGAUGGAAGAGGGGGACAUGUUCUAUAAGAAAGGUAAAGUAAAGGAGGCUGCCCAGCGCUACCAGUACGCUCUGAAGAAAUUCCCUAGAGAAGGGUUUGGUGAGGACUUGAAAACCUUCCGGGAACUGAAGGUGUCUCUUCUCCUCAACCUCUCUCGGUGUCGCAGGAAAAUGAACGAUUUUGGAAUGGCGGAGGAAUUUGCUACUAAGGCCCUGGAGCUGAAACCGAAAUCUUAUGAAGCUUACUAUGCAAGAGCAAGGGCAAAACGCAGCAGCAGACAGUUUGCAGCAGCCUUAGAGGACCUGAGCGAGGCCAUCAAGCUGUGUCCAAACAACCGUGAGAUCCAGAGACUCCUGAUGAGAGUGGAGGAGGAGUGUAGGCAGAUGCAGCAGCAGCAGCAGCAGCCACCGCCACCGCAGCCGCCUCAGCAGCAGCUACCAGAAGAAGCAGAAUCUGAACCACAGCAUGAAGACAUAUACUCUGUGCAAGACAUUUUCGAGGAAGAGUACUUGGAGCAGGAUGUUGAAAAUGUUUCCAUUGGCCUCCAGACAGAGGCACGGCCCAGUCAGGGGCUCCCGAUCAUCCAGAGCCCACCCUCCUCUCCAGCCCACAGGGACUCCGCCUACAUCUCCAGCUCCCCGCUUGGCUCUCAUCAGGUUUUUGACUUCCGGUCCAGUAGUUCUGUAGGUUCUCCCACUAGACAGAGCUAUCAGUCCACCUCACCUGCUCUUUCUCCAACUCACCAGAACUCUCAUUACAGGCCUAGUCCACCACAUACUUCCCCGGCUCAUCAGGGUGGAUCUUACCGCUUUAGCCCCCCUCCUGUGGGAGGGCAGGGCAAAGAAUACCCAAGCCCUCCCCCUUCCCCUCUCCGAAGAGGCCCUCAGUAUCGGGCCAGCCCUCCAGCUGAAAGCAUGAGUGUCUAUAGAGCCCAGUCCGGCUCGCCUGUGCGCUAUCAGCAAGAAACAAAUGUUAGUCAACUUCCUGGCAGGCCAAAAUCUCCAUUAUCCAAAAUGGCCCAGAGGCCCUACCAGAUGCCUCAGCUUCCUGUGGCGGUUCCCCAGCAAGGGCUCAGGCUACAGCCUGCUAAGGCCCAGAUUGUGAGAAGCAACCAGCCCAGCUCUGCUGUUCAUUCAAGCACUGUCAUCUCCUCAGGGGCCUAUGGUCAGGUAGCCCACUCAAUGGCUAGUAAGUACCAGUCUUCACAAGGGGACCUAGGAGUAAGUCAGAGCCGACUGGUUUAUCAAGGGUCAAUUGGGGGGAUUGUUGGGGAUGGGAGACCUGUGCAGCAUGUCCAGGCCAGUCUGAGUGCAGGCGCCAUCUGUCAGCAUGGAGGGUUGACCAAAGAAGACCUUCCACAGCGACCUUCCUCAGCAUAUCGAGGUGGCAUGAGAUACAGCCAGACACCACAGAUUGGACGUAGUCAGUCCGCAUCCUAUUACCCAGUCUGUCACUCAAAACUAGAUCUGGAGCGUUCCUCUAGCCAACUAGGUUCCCCUGAUGUGUCGCAUCUAAUCAGAAGACCUAUUGGUGUCAACCCCAAUGAAAUCAAACCCCACCCACCAACUCCUAGGCCAUUGCUGCACUCCCAAAGCGUAGGCCUUCGAUUCUCUCCAUCUAGCAAUAGUAUCUCAUCUGCCUCCAACCUAACACCUACCUUCCGGCCAUCCUCCUCGAUUCAACAGAUGGAGAUCCCACUAAAACCCGCAUAUGAUAGGUCAUGUGACGAGCUGUCGCCAGUGUCUCCCACUCAGGGAGGUUACCCCAGUGAGCCCACCCGAUCCAGGACCACACCAUUCAUGGGGAUCAUAGAUAAAACAGCCCGGACUCAACAGUACCCCCAUCUUCACCAGCAGAAUCGGACCUGGGCAGUGUCAUCAGUGGAUACCGUUCUCAGCCCCACGUCUCCAGGCAACUUGCCUCAGCCUGAGUCCUUCAGCCCACCAUCAUCCAUCAGCAACAUUGCCUUUUAUAACAAAACCAACAAUGCACAGAAUGGCCAUUUGCUGGAGGACGAUUAUUACAGCCCCCACGGGAUGCUGGCGAACGGGUCCCGCGGAGACCUCUUAGAGAGAGUCAGCCAGGCCUCCUCCUACCCCGAUGUGAAGGUGGCUCGGACCCUCCCUGUGGCUCAGGCAUACCAGGACAACCUGUACAGGCAGUUGUCCCGGGACUCUCGACAAGGGCAGACAUCCCCGAUCAAACCAAAGAGACCAUUUGUGGAGUCUAAUGUUUAAAAGACAUUUGUUGGAGUGAGACCCCUAUGUUUUCACUGCACAUUUUUAGGCUUGGUUUCCACAUUUGAGGUAGUUCUCUAGCUUAAUUUCUCAUGUAGUUUCUGUGUGGUGUUCAGAGGUGGCAGCCCACAUGCUGAAAUCCUUUGCAUGCAGCCGACUGGGAAGCUGGCCUCCAGUGAGCCAGGACUUCAGUUUCUCUUGCUGUGCCCAGCCACAUGCUCUCUCCCUCUCUUCAGAUGCCAACGAGGAGAUUGUUGUGCCGUGUGCUUUAACCCAGGGAGAUCAGACACACUGGUCAGCUUUUUCCAGGAGACAAUCGCUUUCACUGAUGUUCUUGUUGGUUGUGUAAAUGUCUUUCUCUUUUUUUUUUUUUAACAA